UAAAACCUUCUCUUCGUCAUCGUUUUGCCUCCUCCCUCGCUGAAAACACUAGAAGGAAAAAUAAGUAACACCCAAGAUGGUUCAGCGAUUGACUUAUCGUACUCGGCACAGUUAUGCCACCAAAUCGAACCAGCACCGGGUCGUGAAAACCCCUGGUGGGAAAUUGGUGUAUCAGAGCACGAAGAAGAGAGCAAGCGGACCAAAGUGUCCUGUCACUGGCAAGAGAAUUCAGGGAAUCCCACACUUGAGACCUGCUGAGUACAAGAGGUCAAGAUUGUCUAGGACUCGCAGGACUGUGAAUCGUCCUUAUGGUGGUGUAUUGUCCGGUGCAGCUGUUAGGGAGAGGAUAAUUCGAGCUUUCUUGGUGGAAGAGCAAAAGAUUGUGAAGAAGGUCUUGAAGAUCCAGAAAGCAAAGGAAAAGCAAGCAUCAAGGAGCUAAAAAGUGGGAGUGUGAAAGCAAAGCCUUCUGGAUUCUAAGGAAUGGAUUAGGGAAAUUUUGUUGUGAGAUUAUGAUGACAGUGCUAUGUGAUGGUAUCAAACCUUAAAUAUUUGAGUGUUUAGUUUGUUUGAUAUUGAGACUACUUGCCAGAUUCUCAGGUUAAAAUUUUAUAUUUGAUGUUCUGAUGGGCACAUUAUGAUUC